AUGGAGAAGGUCUACAGAGAAAAUGAAGGAAAGCCAGAAAAUGAAGGAACCAAUGAGGGAAAGUCAAAAGAUGCAGUAGAUACAGAAGAUGAAGGAAAGUCAGAUGAGGAAGAAAAGCCAGAAGUGGAGGGGAAGUCAGAACAUAAGCAGGAGCUCCAGAAUGAGGGACGGCCAGAAGACGAGGGACAACCAGAAGACGAGGGGAAUCAAGAAAAGCUGGGCAAGUCUGAAGCUGAGGGAAAACCACACGGUGAGGGCAAGCUGGAAUCCCAGGCAAAGCCAGAGAGUCAGCCGCGGGCUGCCGAAAAGCGCGCGGUUGAAGACUAUGUGCCCCAUAAAGCAAAAAGAAUGGACAGGGGGACGGACGAUUCCCCCAAGGACUAUCAGGACAACUUACGAAGGCAUCUGGGCAGUGAGGAGAUGAUGAGAGAAUGUGCAGAUAUGUCAAGGGCUCAGGAAGAGUUAAGGAAAAGACAGAAAAUGGGUGGUUUUCAUUGGAUGCAAACAGAUGUACAGGAUCCAUUCACCCCAAGGGGCCAACAGGGUGUCAGGGGAAUGAGGGGCGGAGGCAGGGGCCAGAGGGGCUUACAUGAUAUCCCAUAUCUUUAA